AUGAUGCUGCUGCUGGGAUUGGUGUUGACUACGUUGAUCGUCAGUGAUGUAGCAGCUGAUCGUCUGCCUGUGCAGAAUUCGACACAUUUGGAUUGGAGCGAUGAGAAACAUAGUCCACUGGGCAAUGGAAAUUGUUCAGGUGGCAUUGCUUAUUUUGGUUAUUGCUACAAGUUUGUUUCUGAGAAAAAGACUUGGAUUGAGGCUGAGCUGCAUUGCCGAGACUUGGCUGUAGGGGGCCAUCUUGCUUCCCUGCACUGGAUGGAGCAGAUGAACAUUCUUGCAGAAAUGGUACAUAAAUCCCAACACCGUUAUCCUGAAACAUGGAUCGGUUUGAGCGACAUCCACAAGGAGGGCACUUUUCUAUGGAGUGAUGGAUCUGCAUCAGAUUUUAUGUUUUGGGCUAAAGGUGAACCCAAUGAUCGCAACUCACGGGAAGAAUGUGUGCAUGCCUUUUUAUCGAAUUCACUUCCUUGGAACGAUGAAUUUUGCAAUGUGAAAUUCUCCUUCCUUUGCUCCUACAAACUGCCGUGUCCUUGCUCACCGUGAAAGAAGCAAUCGCUGCUCCAUGGAUCC